AUGGACAAACCCCAUCCACUGAGCAACAGCACUCUCAAACCAGACCUACCCGGCAGGCUCACCAUGCUCAGAUCACGCACACUUCACCGACUCAUCCCGUGCACACUGCUGCUCCUGGUCUCCCUCUCCAGCUCGGGGGAGAGCCGGCCUCACGAGGCCCGUCAAGGCACACCUGAUGUGGACAGAACGGACAGCCAGAGGGUCCUGCUUCUGGAGGCUGUGAAGACGGGGAUCCUCAGCUCGUUGGGGAUGGACGAGGCGCCCAGGCCAACCAAAAGGGCCUCGGAGGAAGAGCUGAGGGGGAUGUAUCAGCUCUACAGGGAAAAACUGAGAGAGAUGAGAAGAAAUUCCAGCCAGCCGAUGACGGAAACAUGGCAGUCUACCAUGUCAACUGUGCUUAUACCAGUGACAGUGAAUCCAAUAAAAGUGGUUCGAAAGGGAGAACACAUACAUCUACAUUCAGGUCAGCGCAUGCAGUGGUACAGAGCUGUUUUCCACAAGAACCUCAACAUCCAGACUGAACUGACACUAGCUCGGGCUGAGCUGAAGAUUUCCAGGCAGAUUUUAGAUAAACCCACUUCAGUUCAGCCCGAGGUGAGACGAGAGAUGAAAGUCAGAAUCAACCAGAGGAAGCCGAUGAACUCUGGUGCAUGGACACACAGAAACUCUGAAGUCGGCGCCAACGUGUCAAGCAGUCAAGAUGUGAUGCUGGACGUCAGCCCUGAGGUGGAGAGGUGGACGAGGACUGAUGGUGGAGAGGCACUAGUUGUGGAUGUAAGGGUAGUUGUGGGUGAAAAACCAACAAUUUCCCUGGAAUUAGGCCUCACACAGAAUAAAAAACCAGCCGGGAAGACGAGGCUCCCUCGCUCCAACAAGGAAGACGACUGCGAUGAACGAGGAUGGUGCUGCCGGAAAUCAGUCACCGUGUCUUUCAAAGACAUCGGCUGGACGGACUGGGUGGUGGCCCCGGCUGAGUACAUGAUGCAUUUCUGCGACGGCACCUGUCCCCACAACUACAAGCCUGCGAGCAUGCACACGCAGGUGAAGUCUCGGCUGCAUCAGAUAAGCAAAGGAGGGUUACCUCGGCCCUGCUGCGUGCCGGCGGCCUACGAGCCGAUGGUCCUCAUGCACUACGAUAGUCGGGGGAAGUUGAAGCUGACUCCUUUUGACGACUUGAUUGUCACUAAAUGUCACUGUGCCUGAUGAACUGUGCCUUUUAGGAAGGCAUUACAUUACUAAAAUUAAAUGUUACAUGCUGCCUUUUAUUCUGAAAGGAACAUUGUGUCACAGUUGAAUGUUUAGUGUUUUAUUUUGAAGAACUACGUGUUACUGCUGCACUGUUUUAUUUUGCAUCUGUUCAUUUAUAGUUUUAUUUAUUUCAAGUUGUAUUUAUGGUUGUAUUUGUGUUUUAUGUUACAGCAUAUUUUAGUACUAUUUAAUUUUACUGUCUUGUUAUUUGUAGAACUGUAUUGUUUUAUGAGGCAUUGUUUCAAUAUUUUGUUUGUCCUCUCACACAUUUCAAUAAUUAUAUGAAGACCGAAAAAAUAAAUGUUCUGAUUUAUUCACACCGAACUGUUGCACU